AUGAACUAGGGGAUUGCUAUUUGUUAUGUAUCUGAUCUGCUUUGGUUGAAAUUCCCUUAUAAAUUACAAAAUCUUGAGACUUUAAAAGUAUUAAUAAAGUUGUAAUAGUAAUACCUUAAAUUUCCAUGGUUAAAAUUCAUACAUAAAAUCUAAGAUUUGGUAUGCAAUUUUUGAUUAUACAAUAGGCUAUUGGAAAUGAUGAACAACAUGAUAAAAUAAUUAAAAUAAGAAAUGUAUAUCAUUUAAUGUAAAUUUGAAUAGGCAUAGGCUAGAAAAGAAUGUACAAAAGAUUUAGUGAUAAUUCUGCAAAAUCUACACUAGAAUUAACAUACAGAAUUUUAUGGAAUAUUUUGA